GCAUUGAGGAUGAAGUGAUGCGCAUGCGUAGCCCUAGUUGAAAAAUGGCUUCUUCAGAAGAGUCAUUAGAGCACUUGAAAGAGAAACCGAAGCAAGAAUUUAAUCGGCACAGAAAAAUAGUAUUGAGAAACAUCCCACCCAGCACCGAAGGGGAAAUAACUGAAUUUUUAGGCCCAUACAAGGCAACCAAAAUCGAAAUCAGCGAGAGCCUUGAUACAGCUACUAUUACCCUUGAUGAUGGGAGAUUUCUGGAGGAAAUUGUAAAAGAGCUCAGUGACACAAAACUGAAAGACAAUGUUGUAACUGUCUCCUUCUGCUCCAAUGACCGCCUCCUGUGUGUGGCCCACAUGCCACCUAGGUACUCUGAUGAAGAGUUUUUGAAGUUUGUUUCUCAACAUGGACCUGUGAAGUACUGUUUCCUGAUCAGAUCUGAGACAACAGGUCACAGCAAGUCCUAUGGUCUGGUUGAAUUUGAGGAACAGGAUUUGGAAAAAAUUCGCAAAAUCCGUGAUGAGCUGGAUUGGAAGGAGGUGGGCAGCCAGGUGCUGCAUGUGGACUUUGUGGAAUCAUCAUUCCAGAGUUGGGAGCGCCUGCAUUCACGCUGCUUGUUUCUCUCUGGGCUCCCCAAGUCUUUCACAGAAGUAUCCAAACUACGGGAGAUGUUCAGUGUGGUUACCAGCCCUGUGUACUGUCAGAUCAUGAUGAAAGAAAAAGAGUCACUGGGCUUUGGCAUUGUGGAGUUCCGCAAACCAGAUGAUGCAGAAGAAACAUGGGAAAGACUACGAGGUCAAAAAAUAGAAGAUACAGAAAUGACCAUUACAUUCUGCAUUCCAAGCAAAUCAGCAGUUGUCAUCAAUAACCGCAUUAUGUGGAAAUAUUGUGAUAAGCUACAGCAGAAAAGCAGUUUGUUACCAGACCCAGUGGCAACAAAACCAGUCAUUGCUAACAAUCCAGUGGUCCUUAGCCUUGUGAAACAAAAUCCAUACUUGAUGGAAGAUUUCACUAAAGUGUUGAUGGAAAUGCAACAAGCAUAUGUGCAACACAUGAUGUCACCUGCAAACAAGCCAGGGCUUCUGGGACCGGCACCCUCCUUGCCCAUGAGUCCCAUGAUGAAUCCCCACCUGCAGUUAGGUUUGAUAGUCAUGAUGGCGCUUCACAUUCAUUCUGAAAAGAAGAAUCCAUUUACUGGAGCUUUGGCCAAGCAGUUGAACACACUAAGUGACACAGGGUCUUCACAGCAGGCUGAUAGCAGCAAAAAGCCGUCUAUCCUGGGUGAUCCUUUGACAGCACAGGCCAACAUCUUGCUGACAAAUCUGAAACAGCAGUUGAAUCAGGUGCCUAUCCCAGCUGCUGAGGUCAAAGAAGAUGAUGAUGCUGAAAAGAGUGAAUCAGAAUCUGCCUCCAGUGACCCUUUGGUGCAAGGCAUUAUUAAAAAAUUUAUGCGCAAUGCCCAGUACCUAAAUCUGAGCUUGCUGGUCAAUAUGGGCCAGGUGAUAACAGGUAUGCAAGCUACCAGUGGUGAUGUCUCUCCUGUAGCGGCGGCUGCUGCUGCUGCAGCAGCUUCUGUGGCACGUCAUGCUGCUCUUGUCAAUCCUCCUGGGUCUGGGAAAGGACUCUUAGGUGACCCCCCUAGGCCGCAGCCUAAUCCUGCAGCUGUUCGCUUCCUGCAGACCAUGGAGGCAGUGGCUUCACAGAAUUUUGGUGGACAAAACCAGGGCUUUCUCUCAGCUCUCAUGACCAACAUCAAUGCCAGUCACAGCACCAUGGGCACCAUUGAAAAGAAAACCUCCCUUCUAGGCGAGCCCCCAGCACGCCAGCAGCAGUCACUGUCCCAUCAACAGCAACAAAAGCAGCAAGGUGGCGGUGGUGGCUUUGGAAUGGGCAUGAGUCGGGGAGCAGGCAUGGGAGGUAGCAUGGGGCCCAUGGGGGGAACAGGAAGUAAUGAGGGGAGCAUGGGCAGCAGCUUUGGGCAGCAGCAGGGGUUUGGUGGCAAGUCCUGGGGUUCAGGCAGCACAAGUAGUUCAGGAAACUUUGGUGGGAUGGGGAGGGGUCUGCUAGGCUCAGGAGCCAAGGCUGGGGGGAUAGGGGGUUCUGGAGGGGGAUCUGGAAGAAGUGGAAGCUUUGGGGGUUCUGGGGGAGGGAGUGGCAUUGGGGGUGGAUUUGGUGGUAGCACAGGUGGUGGCUUUGGUGGGAGUGGUGGAGAAGGCUUUGGAAUAAGCAGCAAUGACAGCUUCGGGAACAACGCUGGGGGCUUUGGCAGUACUGCUGGUGGAUUUGGCAACACUGCUGGGGGUUUUGGCAGCAAAGGAGCCAGUGACUACUCCUUUGGUGGCUAUGACAGUGGUUAUGGGGACAUGUCAAGCUAUAACACAUCAGGUUAUGGUGCAGAAGAAUACAGCCAGUAUCAACAGGGGAAUUACAGUGGUGGCUAUGGAGAUGGUACCUAUGGCGAUCAGAGUGGCUACCAGUAUUCUGAUUAUGGAGGAGACUACAGUGGAACGCAGGAUUCCUACAACUAUCAAGCUUCAAAUAGUUAUAGUGGGAAUUUUGGAGAUUACACUGGUGGCUAUAGUUCUGGGACUGCCAAUAAUGGCUUCGGCUUUAGCCAGUCACAGUCGGGAAACUUCCAGGAGGGUGGUGGGUAUGGACGGGGAAAUUUUGGCACUCAAGGAGGAAGUAAUACCUACAGCUCACCCAGCAUGGGCAGUGCUGCACGCAGCAUGACCAUGUCAAAAAACUUCUCAGGUGGGGGGGUGGGAGCAGGGGGAGGUACAGGGGUGGGGGCCGGGGCAGCCUUUGGUAGUGGGGCCACACAGCAGAGCAGCUUUGGCACUGGCAUGGACAGCACCACUACCACCAGCAAUAGCAGCAGCAGCCUCCUGGACACCCCCCGAAAUUUUCGGACUUCUGGGGCACUUGUUGGAACAGUAGCUGCAGGGUCGGGGGCAGUAACCAGCACUGGCACUGGAACAGGUGUUGGGUUCGGGCAAGGAGUAGGCAGCACACAGAUACGCAGUGGGAUGUCAACUACUGGGUCUUACCAGGGAUCAGGGGUGCAGGAUUUUAUUGGGAAUGACGCUGGCUCCUACAGGACCAUGGGCAUGGGUUCUGGGGGCUAUGCUGAUGCGGGGGGCAUGGAUGGUUACACCAGCACCAACUAUAUGGGCGAUUCUGCUGCAGUGGGAGGCAACUAUGGAGGUUAUGGUGUCAGCAGCAGUGGUUUUGGCACCUACGGCAGCACCACUGCUAGCUACACCACAGGCGCCACUGAUUUCAGCAGUACUGUUGGCAGUGGCAAUGGGACUGGAGGGCUCAUGCCUACCCCUGGCAGCACACCUUUGAUGACAGCCGGGAGCAAACGUGGCUACAGUCAUCUACUGCCCAAACCUGAGCCCAGCCCUGAGGGAGACUACAUUGGUCAGCACUCACAAGGUCUUGGUGGUCACUACGAGAAACGUCCACGUCUUUUCUAAAGACACUUCUUUGCAGCUGCAAGUGCAUCAUCUGUCUACUGGAGUCACCUUAGUGAUACUCUUUGCUGUUUGUGUACAUGGUCAUUAUAAAAAAAAAAACAAACAUCCUUUUAUGACAUUUAACUGGACACUUAAAGUAGUUUUUUUCUGUUUAAGACUUUCAGAUACUUUGUAAUACUGUUUUAAUAGUGUCUGCUUCUUCCCCUUUUCUUUCCUCACUUGUACUAAAAUGCUGCCAAGAUUUGAAGCAUUUUGAAUCGUUCCUUUGACCUUUGAGCUCAAACUGGCCUUUUUUUUUUGUUUAGGUGGGGGGUGUCUGUCCUGUCAGUUGUAACUUAUUUUCAUGUAUGUGUUGACCAUAUUGCAAUUGUUAAAUAGGGAUCACUAAUGUACAGCUUGUGCCCUUUAUAUUGUACAGUGUUCAGUUGUGAGAAAAAGAAGAUAGGAAGAAAUGCUAUUGACCUUAUAGUUGUAAUACUUGCCUGGCAUUACUAACAGCUCACUUGCUGCCUCCACACAAAAGGGUCAGCUGAGAGAAGAUGCCAUGUUAAGACAUUGAGAAGCUGGACAUCAGGGGUUUUUUGCCACUGACAACGGUUUUAUUGUUAAAUAUGCUGGGGAUUGCUGUUUUGUAAUUACUUGGUGUUCAGUGAAAUUGUGCACACUGACAUUUUAAAAAUCAUAGUUUUUUUGGAGGAAGGGGUGGGUUUGGUAAUUUCUUGUUUUUUGGGAUGUGGAUGUGAUUUCUGUUUAUGUAAACAGCAGUCCAUUUCAGCGGGCUGAAAUCAUGUCUGUUUUGAUAUUGCUUGUUAAAGUCUGUACCUUUACAUGUAUUGUUUGUCUCAGUACUGAAACAUAAAAUAUCACUGGGGAAAAUGAAUACAUGUAAUGUUGGUUAAUUUUUAAAAAGUGUUGCAUAUCUUGUUUUUUUUUUUUAAACAUGUACUUUUCAUCAUUUCAACAUUCAGCUUAUGGUUAGUAUAGUUAAAUUUGAACAAUUCAUCUUGGCGUUUUAAUUGAUUGUAUUUUAAAAUGGUUGAUUUGGGGAGCUAGCCGUGUAGAGCAAGCUGCCUUGUGUUGAAUGGGUCAUCAUUUUGUGAAUGUUGUCAUCUUUUGAAAUGAAAAGCAACAUGCCAGGGAAGUGUGAGUGCUGAUGACAGCCUGGUGUCGCCAUGGGCGCCCACACCUGUUGGUGAGACAGUCGGCAAUAAAACAUUUUAUACGGGA